AUGGGAUGCCUUGCUGGGGACUUGCACGUGCAGCCGCAGGCGCGCCACGCACCAGCCGCACACCUGCCGCCCCCAACGCUGCGGCCGAUGAGGCCGCCUGCGCUCGGCGCCGGGCACUUGCUUAAUCCCAAUGCGCGGCGCGGCGAGGUCUCCCGAGCUCGAGGCGUUCUGACGUGUGCUGUGAUCGCGCCGGGCACGGAAGAGACCUUCGCCGCUUUGUCCGAUCCGGCACGGCGUCCACCGGCGCCCCGGCAAGACGUGCCUGCAGACGUCCUCUACUUUCAGCCCGACUCGCCGGUCGUGCUCACCGACGCCGCCGUCGCUCAAGCUCUGCGGACUGCCAGGCGUGGCACCGACCAGCACCUCCUGGCAUGCCUGCUUGCGCUGCUUGAUGAAGAGGACGACGCCGACCCCGAGGUUGCCGACGCACGCCGCCUCGCAAUGCUGCCCUC